AUGCACGGUUCAGUUUUUGAGUCUAACUUGUUUACCGCUACAGUAAGAGCGAGGAGAAAUCCAGCACGUCCUGCACCGUGUUGGGACAUUAUCAAUGCAGAUUCAUCGGAUGAAGCGUUGGAGAAAAAGAACAUUCUCGAAGUUCCAAUUCUUGAUAACAUCCAGAACGCAGACAAUCGAGUUGGAGCAAUCACGCGGCAGAACUUCAAUGUGAUACCGACAGACAUCGUCAUUUCCAUGGAUUUGAGUAACCUUACGAUUGUUGAUCCACAUGUUACCGUAGUUUCUGUAGUCUUCAGCUUUUUGUGGAAAGAAGUCGAAAGAUUCAUUCCCAACGAUGAUUCAUCUCAAACGGGUCUUGGUGCAGUAAAUGGUGAUGUUUUGUGCGCCAUCAAUGAUAUGAUUGGACGCGUAAUUUUGGUCAGCACUACAGAUAAAAAACGGUACUCCGGAGUUCUUGAUGCGGUUUCUAAAGAUCUCGCUUUUGGACUUCAAUGUGUUGUCGAACUCACAAAAGAGAAUGAAAACAAUUUGCUAAGAACGGAAUCAGAAGUAGUCGAAAAGAUGAUGUUCAACUUCGAAGAUAUCGUUGACUUCGCUUACGUCACUCAAGAAGACACAAAGAAUCAUCUUGUCAGCAAAUUUGUUACUGAUCGGCAAUAUCAUGGAGAUGCUCCAAAUGACAACGAGGAACUCCAGGAAUGGAAUGGAGGAGAGGACGAAGAUGGCCUCGGAGGAUCUAUCGAAGAUGAUGUAGUGACAACUGGCUCACAAAGCUCUCGACGUAAUAAUCAUAAUAAUGGAAAUGGAUGGUCAGUGAACGAAAUGUUUGCUGUUAAUGAAAAGAUGAACGUUGUUUCAACGUUCAAAGAAGACUUGACACAAUACACAACAGUCGAAGUAGUGGGAAGUGAAGAAGAUAGAGCCCGUGCUGAACGACUCGCUAGAGAAAUCGAGUCUAACUCCUCAUCGAAGUUCAUGGCAAAUCUUGAAAAUGACGACGACGAACGUGAUUUAGACAAAAUGACUCGUCAAGAAGACUUCGACAACGGAAGCAAUCAGCGUGGUGGCAAAAGAAAUAACUUCAAUCAGCCACCACAACAACGACGCAAUCCGAAUAUCACACCCAAUGGCCAACCUGUUAAUCGACGUGCCGAGGGGCUACGUGGAGAUCGUCGAAAUAGUGGAAGUUCAUCAGCGAAUAACAGCCGAUACGGUCCACCAACAUCCGUACAAAAUUAUCAGCCACAACAAGGUCAAAAAAGCGGUGGCAGUCACAACAACCGACGGCAGAACGAGGAAUAUCGUGACAAUGACUGGCAGAUGGCCAAGGGGAAGGGCCAAAACCAGGGGAACGAUCAGUCUUUCCGUCAACAACAAAAACAGAUGCUGGACCCACGGCCAAGUGCCAAACAACCGGAAGGAUCUACCCCGCCUGCACCUCAAGGAAACUCGGGUAGUGCUUGGAACCGUGGGCCGCCAAGUUCACUUGUUGCAAAAGGAACAACGACAGACUCAACUCCACUGGCAACUGAAAAUGAGGAGUCAAGUGUGCCUAGAACAGUUCCCCAGAAAAAAGAAGAUUCGCCGUCCAACAUCGGAGAAGGCAACAACGAGACAGAUGGACAUCAGGAGGACGGAGAUAAUGUUUCCAUCACUGAUCGUUCUGAAACGUCUUCUGUUGUUACAACGAAAUCUUCAUCCUUCAAAUUCAAUAUAAACGCCCCGGAGUUCAAACCACGUCCUGCUGCGGCAGCUACGCCCACUCCAACGACACCAACUGGACCCGUUUCACAGAACAUGCCACAGAUUUCUCAGCAGUUCAUUCCUGCUGAAUAUCAACAACAUCCAGGGAUGAUUCAACCGGUAGGCCCACAAGGCUCACCGAUGGGAUUGCCUGGAGGUAUGGUGCCACAUAUGCCUCCAGGAGGAGUCCCACAAAAUCAAGGUCAACCUAUUAUGAUGUGGCAACAAAAUCAACAAGGAUACCCCCAACCUCAUCAAUUUUCCGCCCAACAAGCUGCAGUCCCAGGAGUACCUGGUCAGAUGUAUGGUCCUGCCGCUACGAAUCCGAUAACAGUCAACCAAAUGAAUCAGCCAACUCAGCAAAUUCCGACGAGCACUGCUGGCAGCGCACCAACAGACGGAAGACAAGGAAAUGCUCAUGGUAGGCGACAAGAUGGAGAGUAUCGUGAAGCCCAACCAUUGUUCUAUCCAUCCUAUGGACAAACAGGGCAGAUGAUGCCAGUUCAACAGCAAUUCUACCCCCAGCAGUAUCAAGGAACCAUGCAACAACAGCAGUAUCCGAUGAAACUUAUUCCACAGCAGGGUCCGCAAGGAAGCUAUCCUCAGAGAUUCCAGCAACAACAACCGCAACAAGUUUACAUGGUUCCGCAAGGACAGUUACCACAGCAAAGAUAUCAAGGAGUCGCACAACAAACACAUCAAUUUGCUGGAGAACAGGGUGCACCUCAAUCACAUCCAAAUAGUCAACCAACGACACCGGGUCCACGAGGGGAAAUCAAUGGACAGAAAGUUCAGCAAGGACCGCCACAAUCACAGAAUGGUAACAAUGGAAUGCAUCGGGAACCAGAAGCUGGUAGUAAUGCGAGUUUGAGUGGAUCGGCAAGUUCACAGUCUGGACAACGUAGUGGAUCGCCUCAAAACAUUGGAGUACCACCCCAGCAACAACACCAACAGGGACCACCACCACCGCACGGUCCACCACCACCACAUGGUGGAGCCCAACAUGCUGUGCCACCUCAUGCAGCCCCGCCACAUGUUGGACCACCCCAGGCAACCAUGGUGGGACAACCAAUGCAAUUUAUGGUCAUGCAAGCGCAUCAUCAAAUGCAUCCGCAAAUGCAAAAUUAUUAUCAACAGCAGCAAAUGUAUUAUCCAACAAUGGUGGUUCCACAGCAAAUGCAGAUACCGCAAAAUCAACAUGGUCAGCAAAGUUUAAUGGGAGAACGUGCUGAUACCGGUUAUUCACAAAACAAUAUUUUCGAUUAUCGUACAAUGCCAAACUAUCAACCCAACCAACCACAUCAGCAACAGCAACAUCAACAAAUGCAUCCACCCCACAUUCCUCGUCAAAACUCCCUGCCGCAACAGUUUGGAGGAAAUCAAGGUGUAAAUCCCUCUUCCCAACAAGCUCCACCGUCUGCUCCUCCUCCUCCACAACAACAACAACAACAGCAGCAAGGUGGUCCACCAAGAGAACAUCAACAACAGGCUCAAAGUCCACAGUAA